GACAGCUUCACUCUCUCAAGGAAGACAUCCUUCCCGUAGCCCUCAGGGGUACAAACCUGUACCACUCUUUAGUUAAAAGGAUUUUGUUCAAUUUUAAGCCUCAGUCUUGAAGAGAAAUAUAUCGCCUCAACUUUGGAAACAUAGAGCUUUUAUUUUGAAUUUGUUUCAGACGUCCAAUCCCCCACGGCGCCAACCAUGGGAAACGAACAGUCCAGGGAUGCAGAUGUUUCCACGAACGGCAUUGCUGUUGAGAAACAUGAAAACGGUUCAGCCAAUGGCCUCUCUGCACACAUUAAGCUCAACGGACUGGAGACAAGCGUUAAUGCCCAUCGGAAUGGUGAACUUAAAUCUUUAAAGCCCACUGCUGAGUCAGGCAGUCACGUGGCCGUUCAGGCCGGCGCCAAACCUGCUGACGUCGAGGUGGCUUCUGAAGCCGGAGACAUGACCGACGGCAAGAAAAGCAAAGUGAAGGAAAAACCGCAGCUGCUUGAUAAAUUGUUUAAAAAGAAAGCGGGGCGUGCAGCCGGUGAAGAUCAGACGAAUCAAACCUUCAAUGAGGAUGGGGUUCAGAGUCUGACUGCCCCUCAAAAGGAGACUGUAGACCUGAGGCAAGGACCAGCGACGGGGCCGCAGAACGGGACUCCGCAUCCACGUCCAGAGGUAGAGAACCCCAGCAGCAUCAGUCCGCCCGCGGAAGAGGAGGGGGAGGAUAAUCCAGUUAUGAACUUCUUCAAAACACUAGUGACCCCAACUAAAACGCCCAAAAAGGAAACAGCUGCCCCUGAUGCUGCCAAAGAUCAGCCCCUGAAGGAGACCCAACCUGCAGCAACCACCACUGUUGCACAGGUAUCCGAACCGCCUGCUGCACCCAAAGGAAUGCCCGCUCCACCACCGCCUCCCCCAGAGCCCCCCAAAGCUGAGGCCAAAGGAGAAGCAGCUGUCAAACCCGUGAAGGCCAAAGACGAAGCCAAGGCAGCUGCAAAGGAACCCCAGUCCUCAAAAGGGAAAUCGGCCACUCUGAGUAAACUCUUUCGCUCAAAGCAGAUGGAAGAAAAACCACAACCAGUGGUGGAAGUUGAGAAGGUGGACUUUUCAAAAGCAGCCACUCUGGAGGCUGUUGCGAAGCCAGAACCACCACCGCCUGCACGAGAAGAAAAGAAAAGCUCCAAACCAUCCUUCUUUUCCGCCUUCAAGCCCAAAGUACUGUUAGAUCACAUGACCACUAAAGUCCAAGCAGCCUCCACAAGUGGAGUUCAGCUCCUCAGGAAAACUACUGGACUGGCUGCAGAACCCAAGAAGACUGCAGCGAGCCCGCCCGCAGCAGCUGAAGCAGCUCUGGCAGUCAAAGCCAAAGAGGAGCCCAAACCUGCAGCCAAGUCUACAGAAGCAGCUGCAGAAAACAAACCAGCGUCGACGGUCUCUCAGGCCGCAGACGAUGCAGCCGGUGUCCCCAAAAAGCUGGAGAAGAGGAACUCCAUCCAGCUGUUCUUUAAGAAUCUGGGUCAGAAACGUCACUCUACAGAUGCUGGGGUCCAGACGGAACCGGCAGCUGCUGCUCCAGCGGAAAAAGCCAAAUAAAGCCUCAGCUUCUCUGUAUAUACUGCCCUGCGACCCCCAUCUGACCUUCACCUGUGCAGAAUCGACUCAACCUGUAUCAGUGUUUCUUUAACUUCCUGUUUGAGAAAUAAAAGGACAAAAAAAAGCGAAGAGAAAGCUUAACCCAAGGAUGUGUGGAAGGCUGCAAUUCAAGAAUUAUAUAUACUUUUGAUCAUAUAAAAAUCUGAACAGGUGUAGGAAGGUGAGCAUGAUCCUUCCUGUGCUUAAUAAAACUCAUCCUACUUAUUUGCAACAUAUAUACAUCUGUGCUUUGCUUGCAGGAAAUAACACAGAAAACUAAAGAAAUGCUCUUGUGGUUACAUGUCCAAACCAGGAAGUGCAUGCAGUUAAAAGCUGUACUUCAAGUUAUAAAUACUAAUAAACCGUUUUGUAUUGUCCGAUGCCUUUUUGUACUAUAUAUAUGAUAAUUUAGUACACUUUAAAAUACCUGUGAUUGGCAAUAGGUGUGUCUUUGUGUUGUGGUUUGCCUCAGUGUCAAACAACCGCCAGUUAUAUCUGUAAUAAGAAUUUAAUGAAAGCACUUUGUGUCGCUUCUUUGAAGUCUGGUGUUUGCUGUCGCACUUGUGUGUGAUUAAUACCUUCUGUUGAUCCUCCACGUCAGCCUGAUUCUGUAACUUCAGGUAUUUCAAAGACAAUAAACAUGCUCUGCAGUCAGU